AUGGAACUAAUAGAAUUAAUAGAAUUAAUAGAACUGAUAGAAUUGAUAGAAUUGAUAGAAUUGAUAGAAUUAAUAGAAUUACUUACAUCAGCAUUGCAGUUAUCACCACAGAGACCUGUGCUUGUUGCAAGAAAAAUUCCUGGAACACAUCUAACUGUCUGCCUCGUUAUUUAUGUCAUAAUUAUCUCACUCCAGCACAAAACUUUGCACAACGACGCGCUAGAGAAAAUUACAGUCGCUUUUCUCGCGAGAAAAAUUGCGACGACUACAGACGAGAAAAAGCUUACUUUUCUUGCGCCUGAAGCGCUCGUUUUUGACAUUAUCGAUCCAGGUGCUUGUGUACCAGUAAAACUAGUGGCAAAGCGUUUUGCUUUGGCUGUAAAUUAUUUGGUACACAUUGGGUCUCAAUCAGCUUGCGAAGGGUACAGUUAUUGGGCACAUCUUGGCAGAGGGCUUGAAACGCAUGAGAUGUCACAAAGCAUGCGACUAGAACAUGAUUUCCCGCACUUUCCGUCGUCGAUUGUGAUCUAUCAUGUUAUGCAAACCUUCUCACCCUUGUUGGGAAUUGACGUGAUUAAUAGUCAGCCCUUCAGGGAUAGUUUUAGGUUUGGGUAUAAGUGGGGUCGUGAUUACUGCUCUCAGAACAUUCAAAAGGAUCAACAGCUUCAGGUUGAUCUGGAGAGUUGUUCUCUAGGACCUGGUGGAACCUCGUCUUGUAAAUCAAUAUUUUUUAUUGGGCACACUGAUUUUGGUGAAUCUGAAGCUGCAUAUCCGCCUGCUGAUAGUUUGGCUUCCGCAAUCAGCUAUCAAAGCACUACGAAAUACAAAACACUUAUUCCAAUUAGGGUUCAGGCUGUUCGUAUGUGCACAGAAUCAGAAAGGAGAUUGCAUCUAAUUGAUUAG